UCGCACAUGCGCACAGAGCCCGGGCGGCUACGGAAGCGGUGAGGUUGUCUCUCGGCUGCAGCCCUGGUGCGACCCGGCCCGUUGCCGUAGAGAUGGGCAGGGCUGGAUGGAGUGGGGUGCGGUGAGCUGAGCUGACCCUGCUUCGCCACGGGGACUGCAGUGACCCCGGCUUGCCGGCAGGGCGGGUAACAGGUUGAGCCAGGGUGGGGCUGCUCAGGGGCGUGGAGCCGAGGCCAGGAUUUCUCUGAAGACCCGGCACAGGCUAUUCCUUUCUGCGACGAGCCCAUUGCUAUGGAAACCAAAGCGUUAGGCCAGCGGGGAUUGAGGCUGCGGGAUCAUGACGGGUCUCUCUCCCGAAGAACCUUGCCUAAGGCUUCCCCAAGCGGCUACUUCCUGAGCGAACCCGCCCACCCGCCUGAGGGAGAGAGGUAAGACCCUGGGGGUCUUGACACUAAGCAGGCGAAGAAGCCUAUUCCAAUGCCAGCUCCCCCAGGAAACCUACCCGGCCCACCCCUAGAAGUGGUGCUUCGCUCUCGUUAACUCUUGGACUUUGUUCCAUGUUUAUAACUUAGUAUUUCACGAACGCCCCGCGGUGUUUGUUCAUUUUUCCCACACAUAAUGGACCAUAAAGGUCGGCUUCUUUGCUGUAUGACUCGUUCUGAACAAGUCCUUUUCCGCGCUGUGUCUCACUUUCCUCUUUUGUAAAAUGGAAAUAUUAACUCUAGACGCCGGUCUGAUUAGGUUGCUUUGAAGAUCGAACCAGAUGAGGGAAGCCAAAUACUUCAUAGGCUGUAAAGUGGUGAAGCUGAACUGCUACCGAGUUGCUAUUUUUUUCUCCUCCUCCCUCUCAAGCUAAACGUUCUUUAGAUCUUUUGUGAUUUCUUCAGGUGGUCUUUGCGACUCCCUAGGCUCCGACCUGGAAGAAGUCUUUUUUACACUUCCCUUUCACAGAGCCCUGCAUUUUAACUUCCCUAUCAGAAGCGAGAAAAAUAGUUAUCAUUUUGAGAGGGCUUACUCUAUGCCAAGCCCUGAGAAAACUCUUUACGUGGAUUAUCUCGUUUAAUUUCACAACAUCCUUUUAAGUUUUCCAUGGACACAGCCUAGCAGAAAGACGCAGCCUUCGUGCUUCACUGACUGCUGACCGCUGACCCACCGCCUUGAUGACAGCACCCUCAUGUGCCUUCCCAGUUCAGUUCCGGCAGCCCUCAGUCAGCGGCCUCUCGCAGAUAACCAAAAGCCUGUAUAUCAGCAAUGGUGUGGCCGCCAACAACAAGCUCAUGCUGUCUAGCAACCAGAUCACCAUGGUCAUCAAUGUCUCAGUGGAGGUAGUGAACACCUUGUAUGAGGAUAUCCAGUACAUGCAGGUACCUGUGGCUGACUCCCCUAACUCACGUCUCUGUGACUUCUUUGACCCUAUUGCUGACCAUAUCCACAGCGUGGAGAUGAAGCAGGGCCGUACUUUACUGCACUGUGCUGCUGGUGUGAGCCGCUCAGCUGCCCUGUGCCUCGCCUACCUCAUGAAGUACCACGCUAUGUCCCUGCUGGACGCCCACACGUGGACCAAGUCAUGCCGGCCCAUCAUCCGACCCAACAGCGGCUUUUGGGAGCAGCUCAUCCACUAUGAGUUCCAGUUGUUUGGCAAGAACACUGUGCACAUGGUCAGUUCCCCAGUGGGAAUGAUCCCUGACAUCUAUGAGAAGGAAGUCCGUUUGAUGAUUCCACUGUGAGCCAUCCCACCAGCCCCUGCAUUGGAGUCAGAGUUACUUGGGAGGCUGAGGCGGGAGAAUUGCUUGAACCCAGGAGGCGGAGGUUGCAGUGAGCUGAGAUUGCACCAUUGCACUCCAGCCUGGGCAACAAGAGUGAGACUCCAUCUCAAAAAGAAAAAAAAAAAAAGAAAAAGAAAAGAAAAGAAAAAAAGAAAUGCUUGGGACCAGACAUAUUUUGGAUUAUUUUCAGGUUAAUAUUUGCUUUACCUGAAGCAAAUAUUACUUGAGCAUCCCAACUCCAAAAUCCAGAAUGCUUAAAUGAGUAUUUCCUUUGAUAGUCAUUUCAGCUCUCAAAAAGUUUUAGAUUUUGAGCAUUUCAGAUUUUUGGAUUUGAGAUCCAUGAAUGGGUCUCAAACUAUAUUUCACUUGGCGGGGGGUGGGGGGGGAUGGUGGCUAUUGUAGAUUUUUUUUCCAAUUGCUCAUUAUUAGUAUAUAGAAAUACAAUUGAGGCUGGGCGUGGCGGCUCAUGCUUGUAAUCCCAGCACUUUGGGAGGCCGAGGUGGCCAGAUCACUUGAGGUCAAGUGUUCGAGACCAGCCUGGCCAACAUGGCAAAAGCCUUGUCUCUGCUAAAAAUAAGAAAGCAGGGCGUAGUGGCAAGUGCCUGUAAUCCCAGCUACUGAGAUUAGAGAAUGAAACAGGAGAAUUACUUGAACCCGGGAGGCAGAGGUUGCAGUGAGCCAAGAUCGGGACAUUGCACUCCAGCCUGGGCAACAGAGCAAGACUCCAUCUCAAAAAAAAAAAAAAAAAUUGUUCUAUGCCUUCUGGCCUCCAUGGUUUUUUCUCAGAAAUCCAGAGGCAUUCUAACUAUUGUUUCCCAACAGGUAAUGCUUUAUUUUUCCCCAGCUGCUUUUUAAGAUUUUCUCCUUGUCUUUGGUUCUCAUCAGUUUAAUUAUGAUGUAUAUGGACAUGUAUUUCUUGCGGUUAUCCUUAUCAGAGUUCACAGAGCCACUUGAUUGUGUUUCAGAAAUCUGGGAAGUUCUCAGCUGUGAUUUCUUCAAGUAUUGUUUUCUGUACCAUACUGUCCUGUACUUCUGUGUCAUUGAUAACAUGAAUGUUAGACCUUUUGACAUUG